UCUUAAAGCAGUGCCCAUUGGCUUGCCCUUCCGCUUUACGCAAAACACAUCUUCCCUAAUUCUACACUCCCAACAACUCUCAUCACUACUUCAACAGCGGGUUUCAGCGUCAUCACUUGAUUCACCGUCAACAAAUGGCAGAGUCAGUUCUCUUCGACACUGCUGCCGGUAUUAUUAAGAGUUCGGCCUCUCUUGCUCUUCAAGAGAUUGGACUACUCUGUGGUUUCAAAGAUGAGCUUAAAAAGCUUGGGAAAACGGUUUCCACCAUCCAAGCUGUGCUUUUGGAUGCGGAGGAGCAACAGGCCCACAACCAUGCGGUCAAAGAUUGGCUUGGGAAGCUCAAGGAUGUCAUGUACGAAGCUGACGACUUGCUGGAUGACUACUCCACUGAACUUCUACGGCGACAAGUCAUGGCAGGGGAUAAUAAGGCAAAACAGGCACGCUUAUUCUUUUCCAAAUCGAACCAGCUUGUUUAUGGACUUAAAAUGGGUCAUAGGAUCAAGGCAGUUAGAGCAAAACUGAAUGAAAUAGCAGAGGAUAAGAAGAGCUUUAGCUUUACGGAGCGCACACAGCUUGAGCAUAGGAGGAGAGAAGAUACACACUCUUUUGUACCUGAGGAAGAAGUCAUUGGGAGAGAGGGCGAAAUGAAGGUUGUUAAAGCGUUGUUAUUCGAUUCCAAUGUGAAAGAAAAUGUUUCCAUCAUUCCCAUAGUUGGGAUUGGUGGACAAGGAAAGACCACGCUUGCUCAAUAUGUGUACAAUGACAGGGAGGUCCAAAGACAUUUUGAUUUGAGGCUGUGGACAUGCGUCUCUGAUCCUUUUGACGUAAAAACUAUUGUUCAAAAGCUCAUAGAAUCUGCAACUAAGAAGAGACCUGAAAGUCUUGAGAUAGAUCCGUUGCAAAGUUUGCUUCGAGAAACAAUUGGUGGGAAGCGAUACUUACUUGUUUUAGACGAUGUAUGGAAUGAGGAUUCUAAUAAAUGGUCCGACCUGAAAAUUCUGUUGGUAGGUGGCUUGAGGGGAAGCAAAGUUUUGGUUACCACAAGAAACAAAAAAGUUGCAGACAUUACACGUACAACUUUGCCAUAUUUUUUGGAAGGUCUAUUUGAAAGUAAUUCUUGGGAUUUAUUCAAGAAAAUGGCAUUUAAAGACGGGGAAGAGCCAAAGAAUCCAAGGCUAGUGGAAAUUGGAAAGGAGAUCGUACAAAAGUGUGCACAAGUUCCUCUUGCUAUAAGGAGCGUAGGGAGUCUAUUAUAUUUCAAAAACUCGGAGGAUGAAUGGUUGAAGUUUCAAACCAAUAAGCUUCACGAAAUAACUCAACAAGACAAUGUUAUUUUCCCAAUACUAAAGUUAAGUUAUGAUCAUCUCCCGCCACACUUGAAGCAAUGUUUUGCCUUUUGUUCACUAUUUCCAAAAGAUUAUAGAAUUAAAGUGGAGGUGUUGAUUCAGUUAUGGACAGCGCAAGGCUUUAUUCAUUCGUCAGAUAGAACGAUAUGUCUUGAAGAUGUUGGUCAUGAGUAUUUUAUGGAUUUGCUUUGGAGGUCAUUUUUCCAAGACAUAGAAAGAAAUAAAUAUGGAGAUAUAAGAAGUUGCAAAAUGCAUGACCUUAUACAUGAUCUUGCACAAUCUGUAGCAGGGGAUGAAUGCUUAAUUUCAAAUCCAGAUGCAAUAAAAGUAGUUGAAAGAACUCACCAUGUGUCAUUUGAUUCUUUAAAUUCAUUAUUGGAUAUUCCAGCUCCCUUACUCAAGGCAGAUAGACUGAGAACACUUCUUCUACAACCUCCAACAUUUGAAUUCUUUAUGGCAGACAGAAAUUACCGGAAGACACUAGAAACUUGA